AUGAAGGAAGGCUCACCUAGUAGCGAUUGUAAGCAAGUUCGGUUCUCUAAGCGGUUUCAAACCGAGGAAGCUUGCGAGCUUGAGGCCAACUCUGAUGCUGUCCCGAAUGCAGAUCUAAUGGAAGACCUUGAGAAGAUGUGGUGGUUUCUCAUGGUGAUAAAGGACCCAGUAUCCAAUUCUCUGAGCGAGCAAUGGAUCGCAUCUCAGAAAUGGAGUUUGAAAGGUGGUUGGAAGCUAGUGAAUUUGGGUCCUUGGAUUGUUGCUGAACAGUAUCUGGUUUUACAGAAGUGGAUGCCUGGGUUUUAUCCAGUGACUGCGCAUAUCACUCGAAUGGCAGCUUGGAUCAGAGUUUCAGCUAUUCAACUGGAGUGCUUCGAUGUUUGGGCUUUGAAGAGGAUUGGGAAUUUGUUGGGUAAGUUGCUUAAGAUUGAUGCUCUGACUACUGCUCAAAAUAAGGGUAAAUUUGCCCGGCUUUGUGUGGAAUUGGACCUCACGAAACCUCUUGAGGCUUUUAUUCAAAUUAACCAAGUGUGGUAUAACAUAGAGUAUGAAGGUCUCCCAGAUAUUUGUUAUUUGUGUGGCCAUUAUGGGCAUAAGAGGGAGCAUUGUACUUUGAAAGAGAAGUUUGCCUCAAACAGACCUGGGGCAGAGUCAUCUGCUGCUGGUCUGGAGGUGGGUGCAAAUUUUGUUAUGGGUUAG